AUGGCCAGCCGAGUUAGAUUGGAAAGUUCAAGUGAAUUCGACCUAAUAGAUACAUCUGCUGCUGUAUUUGACAAGGCAAAAAAGUCACCUGAAAGCUUGAUUGUGGUCCUGUUCAAUAUUCAAUUUCCAGAGCGGGGCACUAUCGAAGGAAAAUUAAAGCUAUGGCGAGAUGGCUACCAAAACAAAGGUGUUCAAUUCUACAAAUGUAUUAUUUCUAGAGGUAAACAAGAUAUUAAAACAGAAUUUAAUAUCAAGAAGACGCCAACAUUUGUCUUUAUUCGUGGUGGCAAGGAAGUCGAUCGAAUAGAGGACCUUGAAGAGUCCGACGUUAAUGUUACGAAUCAGACAAAGCCAGGUGAAGAAAGCAAUGACGAAAAGAAGUUAAAAUCAAAACUAAAUGAAUUAUGUACACCAAGCUCAAGUGUAGAUCCAAAAUAG